AGUCCGGGCACCGCGUGGCCUGUGUGUCAGAUGUAAACAAAGCCAUGGUGCUGCUGAAGAAGCCUUAAAUAUAACGAAACACGGCCGAAUUAUUGUAAUGUAGUUGAGUAUUUUCGCUCCGGGAACCCCACAGAUGCUUGUCACUCGCUGCCAUCAUGGGCGCACGGGGUUUUUGCAACAAAAACACCGAGCGAGCCCGCGGAUGCUCCUGCCAGGGCGCCCAUUUCACUCCGGGUUGCCAAACCUGCUUCUAUCCCUCAAUCCGUAAACUCAUUCUGUUGCACUGCGGAGUGCCUUAUUUACUGAACGAGGAGGGAUAUUGGUCCAGACGUAUUUGGUUUGUUGUUUAAUAUUUUGUUUGCUUAAAAUGUUGACCUUUGUCCGGUCACGUGAUCCCAUGCUCAGAAAGACUAAAAGAGCAAGCAGUUUUCUGCUAGUUUCGUCAAAACACAACAAUGAAGUUUUUGGAUCUUUUUGGGCGUCUGAAAGCUGUCGUUAUUGGAAUGAUUCAUGUUAAAGCGUUACCAGGUACCCCCCUGGGUUGUUUGAACAUGUCCCAAAUUACGGAAGACGCAUGCCAGGAGGCAGAAAUCUACCGUGAUGCAGGGGUCGAUGGCGUGAUCAUUGAGAACAUGCAUGACAUCCCCUACUCGUUCAGCGUGGGUCCUGAGGUGUGUGCCUGUAUGACGGCAGUCUGCACUGCUGUGAGAAGAGUCUGUCCAGUCCUGCCACUUGGAGUGCAAAUACUGUCAUCUGCUAACCAGCAGGCCCUGGCUGUAGCUCUGGCUUCAGGUCUGGAUUUCAUCAGGGCUGAGGGUUUUGUCUUUUCUCAUGUGGCGGAUGAGGGCAUCCUGAAUGCCUGUGCCGGGGACUUACUGAGAUAUCGCAAACAGAUUGGAGCAGAGCAUGUGCAGAUUUUCACCGACAUUAAAAAGAAGCACAGCUCCCAUGCCUUGACGUCAGACGUGACCAUUGAAGAGACAGCGCGUGCGGCCGAGUUCUUCCUCUCAGAUGGACUCAUCAUCACAGGAACAGCCACUGGACUGCAGGCUGAUCCACGGGAGCUUAGAGAUGUGUCCCAGUCUGCGAGAAUCCCAGUGCUUAUUGGUUCAGGAGUGACCUAUGACAACAUUGAACUCUAUCUCGACGCACAUGGAAUGAUCAUCGGUUCUCAUUUUAAACAUGGUGGCCACUGGGCCAAUGAUGUUGACCCAGACCAAGUGAAGAGGUUCAUGGAAAAAAUACGUUACCUUCUAAAAUAAAAGUGAAGGUUUUCUGUCAUCCCCCCAACGAUUUAAACAUGUUUGAUCAACCUACUGUUUGUUCUGCUUCAUUAAAGACAUGAAGCCACCAGCUUAAGAAAACAA